UGAAAAAAUAAACAAGCAAAAUAAGAGCGAGGGUACUACACAUGCGCACAAGACAACGGUGAUCGCGAGUGGGGGGACGCGCUGCACGCUCCUACAAAAAGGCCCAACUCGAUGUUUAUGUUUAGUAUAAAUUUGAAAUUCAACGUGAAAUCGAACAAAUGGCGACGGCAUUGCUGAGGAUGGGAUUGCGAGCGACGGGGUCGAAGGGGGUGAAUUUUGAAAGAAGAAUCAUUCCCGCUAUCACCAAUACAUUAUUGGGAGUAGAAAAGAUGGAUACUCGGCAAAAAUAUGAGUUUGCGAGGACAAUGUCGGGCAAGAGAAAUGUUCACCACAGGCCACAGGCAUCUGCAUCUGUUGAAGUGGAGAGUGACAGCGACAGUGACUCCGAUACCGAAUCCAAGGGUUCUUCUCCAUUCUGGCGGAGGAAGAUGCGAACUCUCCACAGCCAUUUGGAUGUGAAUAAGGACGGUGUUAUCAGUUAUGAAGAUUUUAUGCUAUUGGCCGAGAGAUUCGCCGAUUUGGGUCAUUUGACACCAGAUGCCAAGAAAGAAUUCCAAAAAGUUUUGAGUGACAUGUGGGAAGAACAAUGGGGCGAAAUAAGUCCAUACAAUCUCGUUGGUAUUGAACAGUAUUUGGAGGAGAUGCAUCAUGUGGUGAAUGACUGCUCUCUGAAGAGAAAGUGUCAUAAUUUCCUGCCCUAUUUAUUCAAGGCUGUUGAUCAUGACCAUAACGGCGUAAUAACAGUUGAAGAGUUUAAACUCUUUUUCCGAUGCCUUGACCUGGAAAACGAUCAUGCAGUUGUUUCCUUCACAUUCAUCGAUACCAAUGAGGAUGGAAAAAUCACCCUGGAUGAAUUUGUAUCACUUGGACGAGACUUCUUCAUCUCUAAAGACCAUAACAAACCCAGCAAACACUUUUGGGGACCACUCGUCGAUUAAAUUAUCAAAAUGGUUGACGAAAACGAAAAUUUUGUGAUAAUUUAAGUACUGCGAGAUCAUCACUUUUUUUUCAUCUACUAUAUACAUUGAUAUUUCCGCUUUAAAAUGUAAGGAGAUCAUUCACUUUAGUUUUAUCAAUCAUUACAUAUACUCAUUAAAUAGUCACAUAGUAAUAGGAUUUUUUUUGUUUAGUUUUUAAUGUAAAAAUGAUGAUUUUUAUUCUCCAUAUACAAUAAACAUUUCUACAGUUUUAUAGAAUUGAAAA